AUGGCCAUCAGUCCCAUGGAGCAGAGUUUGGGCAGCCUCACCAUCUUCACCCGCGAGGACUUCGAGGAAGACUGGCGCCGAGUAGCCAGCGGUGGCUUUGGCCAGGUGUUCCAGGCGCGGCACAAGCGCUGGAGGACCCAGUACGCCAUCAAGUGCUCCCCCUGCCUCCAGCAAGAAGCCACCAGUUCUGAAGUGAGUUGUCUCACUGAAGAAGCAGUCAAAAUGGAAAAGAUCAAGUUCCAGCAUAUCGUAUCCAUCUAUGGGGUAUGUAAGCAGCCCCUGGGCAUUGUGAUGGAGUUCAUGGCCAAUGGCUCCCUGGAGAAGAUGCUGCCCACCCACAGCCUCAGCUGGCAACUCAAGUUUCGCAUCAUCCAUGAGACCAGCUUGGCCAUGAACUUCCUCCACAGCAUUAAGCCGCCUCUGCUCCACCUGGACCUCAAGCCAGGCAAUAUUCUGCUGGACAACAACCUGCACGUCAAGAUUUCAGACUUCGGCCUGUCCAAGUGGAUGGAACAGUCAACCCGAAAGCAGUACAUCGAGAGGUCAGCUCUGAGGGGCACGCUCAGCUACAUCCCCCCUGAAAUGUUCCUGGAGAGUAACAAGGCUCCAGGGCCUGAAUAUGAUGUGUACAGCUUUGGGAUUGUCGUGUGGGAGCUCCUCACUCAGAAGAAGCCAUAUGCGGGACUCAACAUGAUGACCAUCAUCAUCCGUGUAGCUGCGGGUAUGAGGCCCUCCCUGCAGCCUAUCCCUGCUGAGUGGCCAGACGAAGCCCAGCAAAUGGUGAACUUGAUGACUCACUGCUGGGACCAAGACCCCAAGAAGAGGCCAUGUUUUCUAGAUGUCACCACUGAGACAGACAUGCUGCUUUCCCUGCUCCAAAGCCCCGUGACAGACCCUGAAAAUGAAGUCUUGGCCAGGAAGGUGUCCUGCAAGCCUUCCCUGCGCCAGCCUCAAGAGGUCAGCAAGGGAGUCAACCAGGAGCCUGCAGACAGCAACUCAAGUGACUCCUUGAAACGGGUCCUGCAGCUUUUGGACAGCCAGAGCUUGGACCCAGUUGAUGAAGAGCUGCACAUCUAUGAGAACAAAGUGACUCCCCUCCACUUCCUGGUGGCCCAGGGCAGUGUGGAACAAGUGAGGCUGCUGCUGGCUCAUGAGGUUGAUGUGGACUGCCAGACAGCCUCUGGCUACACACCCCUCCUUAUUGCCGCCCAGGACCAGCAGCCUGACCUCUGUGCCCUGCUCCUGGCACAUGGUGCUGAUGCCAACCUGGUAGAUGAGGAUGGCUGGGCUCCACUGCACUUUGCAGCCCAGAAUGGGGAUGACCGCACUGCCCGCCUGCUCCUGGACCAUGGGGCCCUGGUGAAUACCCAGGAGCAUGAGGGCUGGGCCCCACUCCACCUGGCUGCACAGAACGACUUUGAGAAUGUGGCACGGCUUCUGGUCUCACGUCAGGCUGACCUUAACCUGCAUGAGGCUGAGGGCAAGACACCCCUCCACGUGGCUGCCUACUUUGGCCACAUUGGCCUGGUCAAGCUGCUGACAGGCCAGGGGGCUAAGCUGGAUGCUCAGCAGAGAAACCUGAGGACACCCCUGCAUCUGGCUGUGGAGAGGGGAAAAGUGAGAGCCAUCCAACACCUGCUGAAGACUGGGGCAUCUCCCAAUGCCCUUGACCGCAGUGGCUGUGGCCCACUGCACAUGGCCGCAGCCAAGGGCAAGUACCUUAUCUGCAAGAUGCUUCUCAGAUACGGGGCCAGCCUUGAGCUACCCACUCAAGAGGGCUGGACACCCCUGCACCUAGCAACUUACAAGGGCCACCUGGAGAUCAUCCACUUGCUGACUGAGAGCCAUGCAAACCUGGAUGCUCUUGGAGGUAUGCACUGGACGCCCUUGCACCUGGCUGCCCGCCACAGGGAAGAAGUAGUGGUGUCAGCCCUGCUAAGGGGUGGGGCCGACCCCAAUGCUGCUGAGCAGUCAGGCUGGACACCCCUCCACCUGGCGGUACAGAAGGGUGCCUUCCUGAGCAUCAUCCGCCUGCUGGAGCACCGUGCUGAUGUCCACGCAUGCAAUAAAGUGGGUUGGACGCCUGCUCACCUGGCUGCUCUCAAGGGCAACGCAGCCAUCCUCAAAGUGCUGGUCAAGGCUGGUGCCCAGAUGGACACCAAGGAUAAAGUGGGCUGCACACCCCUGCAGCUGGCCCUUCGGACCCAAAAACAAGGCAUGGCGGCCUUCCUGGAGGGCAAGGAGCCAUCACUGGCUCUUCUGGGAGGUACUGAGCCUGGAUCCCCAAUGGAUGUUUAA